CUAUGCAAUGGAGUCAGAGGCUGCAUUCAUGUCGGCUAUGCUACCGAAGACCCUUUUCUCUACCCCGACGGUAGUACCCUAAGCACUUAUGAGUAUGUAGUUGACCAGACGGGCACCGGCAUGGGCAAUGGUGUUCCUGCCAGCAAAGAGGAAUUCCCCCAGACGUGCAUGAACGGCAAUGUCCCUCCUGCAGGAGUUGAACUUGUC